CCCUCUCAUGUCGCAGUUUUGUUCGUGUGUGUAUCUGCAAGGCUCAUGUAGUGUGUGAGGACUGUCUCAAAAGUGUGUACGCCCCCCGUGGCCGUCCUGAGAGCAAACGGAGGCUGUCGUUUUCCCCCCAGAGACCCCAAUGCAGAUGGUGUGAGCAGUGAGGGGAAAAGUUUAUGACAGCUCUGCUGUUGUCGGUUCGCGGCUGCCCCAUGGAGGCUUUUGAUUUUACGGUUGCAGCUGUAGACUUUUAACCGGUCUGUUUGACUCAGUAAUGCACUUGUAUUGGAAAGAGUCGCGUUCGGGAUUUAAUUUGGGAUCACAGUGAAUCCUGUACCAGUCUGAGUCACGCACUGGAUGUGUUUUGGGUUUUAUUGGAUUUUUUUCCCCCCACUGCAUUUCUGUGGACGUUCUCAGGAUAGCAGUUUUUAAGGAAGGUCUUUGGGUUUGGUCAUGGACGAGCAGGCUGGAAGCGCAGGCAACAGCCCUCAGCACGGCCGCGGAUCGGCCAGGCAGGACGUUCUCCGCUGCGGUUGGCUCCGGAAGCAAGGAGGCUUCGUGAAGACCUGGCACACGCGUUGGUUUGUCCUGCGAGGAGACCAGCUGUACUACUACAAAGAUGAGGACGAGACCAAAGCUUUGGGCACCAUUUCCCUACCUGGCAACAGAGUCACCGAACAUCCCAGCAAUGGGGAGGAAGGCGGAAAGUUCCUAUUUGAAGUCAUCCCAGAGGGUUCAGAUAAAACGCAGAUGUCCCUCUCAUGCGGUGGAUGAUGAAUCACUAAGGAUAGAUGAGUGCUUGAGGAG